GGGCGGUGCGGGCAGUGACGGGCGGUGAGCGGAGUGACCGCGGACGGACCGGGACGUGCAGCUGCCGCGGGAAGGUGUGAGAAACCAUUCAUCGGAGACCACAGAGCUGCUGAAGCUGUUGCUGACAACCUGCAACAAUGAGUGUCGCCUCGUGGGCCACACAGCCGAGUCCCGGCUCACCCACGACUCCGCUGGAAAACAGCUUCUUCUCGGCACCGGAACACUCGAAAACACUGCUUCAAGUCAUGCACAAGAUGCGGUCAAACUCACAGCUGUGCGACGUGGAGUUUGUUGUCGGCGACCUGAAGAUCAACGCGCACCGAAUCGUUCUGGCGGCCUGCAGUCCCUAUUUCAGCGCCAUGUUUACAAAUGACCUGGCGGAGAAGCGCCAGUGUCAGAUCACCCUUCACGACAUCGACGCCCAUGCCAUUCAGCUGCUGGUAGACUUUGCCUACACUGGAGAACUGCAAAUAUGCGAGGACAAUGUUCAGGUCCUGCUACCCGCCUCCAGUCUACUUCAACUGACCGGUGUUAGGGAGGCGUGCUGCUACUUCCUGCUCAAACAGCUGCACCCCUCCAAUUGCCUCGGAAUACGCAGCUUCGCAGACACCCAUUCCUGUGACGAACUUCACAUACGCUCUCACAAAUUUGCGCUGCAGAACUUCCAAGAAGUGUGCGGCACAGAGGAGUUCCUGUUUCUGCCCUUCAAACAGGUGAACGAGCUGAUUGCCAGCAACCAGAUGAACGUGGCGGACGAGGAGACGGUGUUCCGGUCCGUGGUCAAAUGGGUGCGGCACGACGAGGCCGAGAGGAAACAGCAUGUGGCAGAGCUGAUGUCGCACGUGAAGCUGCCCCUGCUCUCGCGCGACUUCCUGGUCGGCACCGUGGACCAGGAGCCACUGCUGCGAGAGGACGCCGCGUGUCGCGAGCUGCUGCUGGAGGCCCUGAAGUACCACCUGCUGCCAGAACAGAGGGCCUCCAUGGUGUCUUCACGGACCACGGACAGACGACCGGACGCCGCCGCGCCCUACCUCUUCGCUGUCGGCGGCGGCAGUCUGUUCGCGGUCCACUCCGAGUGCGAGGUGUACAACCCGCGCCUGGAGCGGUGGCUCUCGGUGGCCAGUAUGAACACGCGCCGCUCGCGGGCCGGGGUGGCCAGCGACGGCCGCCUGCUGUACGUCAUCGGCGGCUACGACGGCAGCGGCGACCUCAACACGGCCGAGAGCUACAACCCGCUCUCCAACACCUGGAGCUACGUGACGCCCAUGGGCGCCAAACGCAGCUGCUUCGGCGCGGCGGGCCUCAACGGACUCAUCUACUGCUGCGGAGGGUACGACGGUGCCUCGUGUCUGAGCAGCGUAGAGCGGUUCGACCCUCUGGCCGGCACCUGGUCCUCUCUGCCCCAGAUGACCUCACGCAGACGCUACUGCCGACUCGCCGUCCUGGAUAAUUGUUUAUACGCCAUCGGCGGUUUCGACUCGGCCUCCUACCUCAGUACCGUGGAGCGUCUCGAUCCCAGGAUGAACAAGUGGACCAGCCUGCCGCCCAUGUCCAGCAGGCGGAGCAGCUGCGGCGUGGAGACGGUGGGCGACUGGCUCUACUGUGUCGGCGGUAACGACGGAACAAUGUGCCAGGCCACCGGCGAAAAAUUCAGCCUCCGCAGAAACACAUGGGAGACCAUCGCCAGCAUGCAGUCGCGCAGGUCCACCCACGAGCUUAUUCACGUCAGUGGCCGUCUGUACGCCGUGGGCGGAAACGACGGCAGCUCCUCCCUCAACACAGUGGAGAGCUACGACGACCGCCUGAACCGGUGGAAGCAGGAGCCGCCGAUGGCGUGCCGACGCAGCUCGGUCGGCGCCGCCGUGCUGCACUGUGUCAGCCUGGAGCGCCUGUUACGGGGCAAACAGUGGAGCGCCACGCCCAUGUCGACCUCUCUGACGGCGGCCUCGGCUCUGAACGGCCGGCCCACCAGUCUGUGUGCGGGCCCGGGACACCGCCUCGGACAAGUCGCGCCGGGAGCGGCGCCUCGACUCGGCUCACCGCGGCACCUUGUGAUGGGCGCUCUCGCGCUGCCUCUGCAGGCCCGUCUGCUAGCGACAUCGCGCGGCGGCAGAGCGAAGCUCGAGUGAUGGGGUCGGCCGACAGGCGGGCUCUGUGCACCGGAUUGAGAGGCACUCGGAGGCAGCACGAAUUUGUUUUUGUUUUCAAGUGACAUGAAUUGACGAUUCCAUCUUCACACUAUGUGCUGACUUGUUAGCACAACGGGUCUUCUAGUACCAAAAUAGGAACUGGAUAGUUAUCAACAUGAAACAUGAUCAUAGAGCGUAUCAGCUACCUACACUUUUAAAAAGGACAAUACCAAUCAUCUUGACCAUAGACUUCUCACAAGUAAUCCUAAUUCAACCUCCGAUCCCUCUGAUCUAUCC